AUGGACCAACUUGCCACACAUAACAAGAUGCUUGAAAAUCAAAUUGCUCAGCAAGUAAGCUCUUUAAGCAAAACUGCUGAAGCACUUUCUCAAAUGCCAUCUUAUGCCAAGUUCCUCAAAGACAUUUUAUCAAAGAAAAGAAGGCUGGAGGACUAUGAGACUAUUGCUCUUAUAGAGGAAUGUAGUGCCAUAUUGCAGAACAAGCUGCCACCAAAACUCAAGGAUCCAGGAAGCUUCUCCAUACCUUGUCUUAUCAGUAACAUGAAUAUAGACAAAGCCCUCUAUGAUCUAGGUGCAAAAAACAUCCCUAUUAAGGUGGGAAAAUUCUUUAUCCCAGUUGAUUUUAUUGUACUGGAAAUGGAGGAGGACGUCCAAAUCCCUAUAAUCUUGGAAAGACUUUUUUUAGCAACUGCUGGAGCUGUCAUAGACGUUAAGAACGGACAGUUAACUCUUAAGCAAGUUGAAGAGGAAUUCAUUAAAGCACAACCUGAAGAUCCUCUAGGAGUAUCCAUCAUGCACAACCACAUAGCAGAGAAGGAGAACACGGAAAUUAUAGCUUGUGCGCAAUCCUUGACAGGUAAUCCACCUCUACUAUUGGCUCAAGUUUUCACUAUAGAAGAGUUAAAGGAGGAACAGCCCAAAGGCAAGGUUCAGGACAACACCAAACAGGUAGAACUGAAACCUCUUCCCUUUACGCUAAGGUACGCAUUCCUGGACUCAAAUUUUGAAUAUCCUGUUAUUAUCGAUGCUAGUCUAUCUUAA